AUGCACGCCGUGAGUAUUUCACUUGGAUCCACAAGUGCUGUUGUGGCUGUGGCCACUGCUACUAGUGCUGCAGUAACAACACCAGAAACCGCCGCUCCUAUUAGAGUAACAGCCAACUCCGCCGGUCAUCGCACCACUCCAGUUAUGGCUGCCUUUGCUGAGCACGAUGAGUUGCUUUUCGGCGAAGACGCACGGGCCCUUUACGCUCGAACGCCUGAAGUUGUUGUUCCGUAUCUUUUUGCGUUUGCUGCUAUUGCAGCACACCGUAACAGCUACGGUGAUAAAGAUAAUAGUAAUGAGGACAACAAAAGUGCAGAGGAAAAACUUGCCUCUGUGGUGCGAGAUGGUAUUCAAGAUGCCGCGAAAAAACACUAUAAGGGAUAUUGUCAACUUCAACAACAGGAGAAUGAUUCUACAGAAGAUUUGGGAUUUGUUUCUCCUCACCAAAUUAAUGAGGAUGAUGAUGAUGAUGAAAAACAUGUAUUCCUUCCUGCAGAAGAAGUACUCGUUUCUUUCUUUAACCACAUAAAGAAACAUACGAUUGAUAGCGCUUGUGGUCUCACAGCAUCUGCUCAAGAUGAGUCACAGCAGCAAGAUGAAGAACAACAACAGCUAUCAAAGAUAGUUCUCACAGUUGUGGUACCUCGUUAUUUGUUUCCAGCGGCAGUAACAGCUUGUGAAAAUACGAUAGGAGAUCAAAAUGGCGAUAAACAAUCCAGUAAUUCACUACAGUUAAAACAACAUAAACGUGAUGCGGUGAAUUGGGUAAGGGAAGCUAUUCUCCGAUCCCAUUUGGGUGUAGUAGCAGCGCAUGUAUCUAUUCUAUUUGCUGAUGAAGCGGCUGUAUUGGCAAUGGAUGCCGUGACGUGUCGUCCGUAUGAAACUCACCCGAUGGCGAAUCGUUAUUUUCUUCUUCCCGCCUCUGCUGUACCUGAGACCGUUACGAACACAACAUUAGCAGAAUCAACGGCAGCAGGUAGAAAAGAUGGUGUUGAACUCACUUCAUGGCCUUCUGCAAAUGUUUUGGUUGUGGAUUGGGGUGCACUUGGGGUAUCAUUAACACAUCUUCGUAUGGAAGGUGGUUGUCUCGUAGAUGAGACACGACCACUUUUUCUUCGUGCUGAUUAUUCAACUUCAUCUUUUAUUCCUGAAGGUGUAAAUGGAAAAGAUCUUUCUCUUGCAGCAACAUCUUGUGGUGGUGGUGAUGCGGUGGAUUUGGCACUUCGCGAUCGUCUCGCCACAACAUUUGCACAACAGCAACGACGCGUUCUGGGUUAUCAAUCCCUUAGCGACUUUCCCGCAAGGGCACAGCGGCGACUAUUACUUACAGCCGAGGAAAAAAAAGUUGCAUUAAGUAAAGCUGCACAAGUUCCAGUGGAGAUUGAAGCCCUUGCGGAGGGAGUAGAUCUUCGCGAUAACAUGACAUUCUCUCGUGUACGAGUGGAUGCGGCCAUGCGUGGAGAAUGGAAACUCCUUGGAGCGUUUGAGGAGGUCCUUCGAGAGUAUGUUGCACUUAUGGAGAAGGAAACAGAUAUUGUGAUUGAUGCGGUUAUUCUUUGUGGAGGUAUGUUGCAGAUGCCGUGUGUUACGCAAUCUUUGCGAUACACUUUCACACAGUACGCUACAGGAACAGGAAAAGAACGUCGUUGCUUUGCACAGAAUCUUGUUAUUAUGGAUUCUAGUUCGAGUAUAACACUUACAGGAGAGAGUAAUGCUGGCUCUGUUGCUGCAUCCCAUACCGUAGCGAAUAGUGCUAAUAUUGGAGCAGAGGAGAUUGCCUGCGUUGGUGGAUGUCUUCACAGUUAUCAUUUGGCGCUGGCGGCUCUUCAGGAGCGAGAGUGUGGACGUCAAGCACGAGUAGCGAGUGGUUCCGGUAAGAAAUCAAAGUCUGCACUUGGUCUUAAGGUGCGAGAACGUAUUGAAGGCGCACGUUCUGUAUGGGAAGCUCUUACUCGUAGUGAAUGUAAUAACAACAACAAUAAGAGAAGUGGAGAUAGAAAUGGUGAUGGAAGUGAUGAAAUUUUGGUACUGCAACGUCCAAUUCUUUUGUAUACUCAAUCAACCGUUACGGCACUCCGUUCUGCUGUAGAGCGUCAACAAGAGAAAGGAGGACCUCUUGAACUCCCCGCAUCUGCACUCUCUGUACUCUUUUCUGCCCACACACUCCUCCCGGCGCGUGUAGUGGUACCGUUUAGUGGUAAACAUGAUCAAUCAUCUGUACUUUACUUUUUCACAGAGGAUAAGGAGCAGAAACACAGUUCAAGUUCAAAUGAUAAGGAAGGAGAAACACCAUUAUUUGUUCUCCCUCUAAGUAAAAGUGGUUUAACGCUUCCAGCUACAGGAGAUGCAGAAGAAGAGAGUGAUAAGUGGAGACGUUACAUAGUCUUCACACUUCAGUCCCUCACCGACAGCAUUACACAAUCAUCAGAAGAAAAGAAUGCGGAAGGUGAGACAACUGAAGUAAAGAAAUCAUCAUCAUCUAUGCAGUUGGUAGUACAACUAGUUCGUCUUGCCGCAGAGGCCACUGAACCACUUGUGUUGGCCCCGUCUAAUAUUCAGGCAAGCGUUACUUUAGAGAUUUGA